CGCACGCGCGCGCACACACGCACCUCCACAGAGUGCGCGAGAGAGAGACACCCCCGCAUCGUUUCCUGUAGACGUGAUGACGUCUCCGCCUCUCGUCCUCGAUGUGGCGUGACGUCACAGGGCUGUAGUGGUGGUGUAGCCUCAUCUUGUUGACGCUCCGCCGCCGCCGCCAGGCUUUUCCAGUACGGAGAAGACCCCCGGCGAGUGAGGUCCAAGCAGACGGAGGCAACAUCUCGGAACAUCGAAAAUUCUCCAUCAUGCUUAUCCCAAUCGACUCGAGCAUCAGCAUCAUUUAAAAAAAGCCCCCCCACCCCCCAAAAAAAAGCCGAACCGGAAGAUAGCAGAACAAUAAGAGGGCGCCCAGACAUGGCCAGCACCCAGACCAGCUUGAAGAGCCCCUUCAAAGGCCUGAGCUCCUUCAAAGGCGGCACGAAGCGCCUGUGCCGCGAGCGUCUGGAGGACGCGCCCAUCAAGAAGCGAGUCAUGGCCGAGAUCAAGCUCAAGCGCCGCGGCUUGGAGUCCUUCCAUAAGGCGGCCAAGGUGAAGCGGGAGCACGCGGACGAGCCGCAGCAGCAGCAGCAGCCGCAGCUUGACGGCCGCGACGCCGACACGGACGGCGAGUCGCACGGCAAAGCGCUGGACCUGAGCCCGGGGCUCAAACACACGCUGGCCCAGUUCACGCUGAGCAGCCAGAGCUCCCUCGGGGGGCCGGCCGCCUUCUCGGCGCGCGGCGGGCCGGAGCCUUCGCGCGCCGGCACGCCCCCGCCGCCCUCCCCGCCCGUCCCGGGAGGAGGCCCUCUGCUGGUGCCCUGCGACAGUUCCACGGAGCUCACCCACUCGCUGCUGGAGGGCGAGUCCAUCUCCUGCUUCGUGGUGGGCGGCGAGAAGCGGCUGUGCCUGCCGCAGGUGCUCAACUCGGUGCUGCGCGACUUCUCGCUGCAGCAGAUCAACACGGUGUGCGACGAGCUCUACGUGUACUGCUCGCGCUGCGACGGCGAGCAGCUGCACAUCCUCAAGGUGCUGGGCAUCCUGCCCUUCAACGCGCCGUCCUGCGGCCUCAUCACGCUGACGGACGCGCAGCGGCUGUGCAACGCGCUGCUGCGCCCCGGCGCCGAGCCCUCGGGCCGGGGCCCGCCCAAAGACAGCCGGGCCGGCUUCCGGGUGGAGCACCGCUGCCUGGGCAAGUGCCGGGGCCUGUUCCUGCCGCAGUUGUACGCGCGGCCCCAGGCGCCCUGCGUCCAGUGCGUGGAGUGCCACCUGCUCUUCUCGCCGCAGGAGUUUGUCAUGCAUUCGCACAAGUCGCCCGACAAGAGGACCUGCCACUGGGGGUUCGACUCGGCCAAGUGGCCCCGCUACCUGCAGCUGGCCAGGAAGUACCGCGGCUCGCCCGAGGAGGCCGAGCUCGAGCGGCUGCUGGACCAGGUCAAGGGCAAGUUCCACUACCGGCUCAAGAGGAAGGCGGCCGCGGCAGAUGACGACCAGGAGAACCAAGCGCGCAAAUCCUCCGCGGACCUCUGCCCCCCCGGCGGCAAGCCGGCUGAAGCCGAGCCCGCGAGAAAGGUUAAGAUGUCGCCCAGCGCGGCGUACGAUCAGCUUUUCCCGGACAUCAAGGAGGAGCCGGGACACCCCGCCCUGGUCCACCCGAGCUACUACCUGUACACAUACGAUAAGAUGCUGGCUCCCAACGUGUCCCUGCGCACGGAGGCGGAGAUGAGCCGCGAGAUACUCGGCGCGCUGCUCAAACAUCAAUACGGCGGAGGAGCGCCGCAGCACCAGCAGCCCCCCGUGGAUCUCCACGCGUCGCCUGCGCCGGCCGAGGAGGCCAAAUGCCAAGGCGCCGCCGCCGAGCGGGAACGCCGAGCCCGGGCGGUUUCCAUGGAGACGAGCGUCCCGAGCGGCAGCCCUCCUCCUUCUCCCGUUCAUCCCGCGGACGCAGACGCCGGACGCGCCGCCGACAUGACGUCGGGCGGGCCGGAGGACGACAAGGACAGGAUCGUGGUGGAGAUCGUGCAGAUGUACGGCAGGCAGCAGGAGAAGCUCAACUCCACCCUGCACAAGCAGCUGCAACUGGAGAUGGAGCUGGAGGCCUUGCGCGGCGGCGAGGCGGCGCGGCUCCGCCAGUUGAGCGCCGAGCAGCGGGAGCUGCGCAGCGAGCUGGAGGCGGCGCACAGCGAGCAGGCGCGUCAGCUCGGCCGGGCCCGCCGCGAGCAGCUGGAGCUGGAGACGCGUCUGGAGCGCCUUCGGCGGCAGACGUGUGCUUGCGAACCCGCCGCCGGCCGCCAGCAGGAGGCGCGUUACGCCGCCCAGUUGUCGGAUCUUCGCCAGAGGCUGGAACGCGCCGAGGCCGACCGGCGGGAGCUGCAGGAGGAGCUGAGACGCGAGCGGGAGGCGCGCGAGGACCUGGAGCGCAGCGUGGCCCAGCUCAAGCGGCAGAUGGCCCGGUCGGCCGCCGCCGUCCCCGCCGGGGGCAGCCCCUCGCCUCCCCUCACCCCGUCCACCGGGCCCCCCAACGCCCAUUCGCCCGCCUCCUCCUCCCCGUCCUCAUCCUCCUCCUUCUCGGAGGCCCCAAAGUAAACGGCAGCCCUCUUCCGCUUUCACUGUAGGACUUUGGUCAUUUAACAAAGAAGAGUUUUGCCCUUUUUAUUAUUAUUAUUAUUAUUAUUAUUAUUCUUACUGGUCAUCCUUCUUCUGCUCUCAGCAAACAUAUUUCAAAAGCUUUUGGUUUGUUUGGCACGUGAUUUCAAUGGAUAGCUACCACCAUUGGCGCUGCUUGUUUCGCAUCCCCUCGGCACAGCUGGCGCUGGUCUCCUCCGAGAGCAAAGUGAAAUUGUGUCCUGGAAAACGGAGGACGAGCGCCAUCGCCACCUAGCUCCGCGAAGCCGUCCUCCCUGCGCACCACUGUGGCAUUCUUCCACGCCCGCCAAAAAACAAAACAAAACACUGUGCUACUUUGUUCCCGGGUACUUGAGUUAUCCUUCCCUCAUAAUCCCUCUGGGUAAGGAAUGAGGGCUUUGUUUGGUUUCUUUCUUUGUUUUCUGCACCGAACAUGAAGGCAGCUUUUUGAUAAUAACGCAAACUUACAGCCCCGCCCCUUGAUUUGACCUGAAUGUGGGACAGCGGGUGACGGCGGUUACUUGCCCCGUUAUGCUGCCCGACUGAACAAACGGCGGCGGGAAAGGGAGUCGGAGAGGGGCGGCACCCCAUGGAGGGUUGACUUUGACGAGCACCGGAGCUCCGCUUUUUGUCACGUUACUCGGAAAAAUGUGCUUUUGAUUGCACGUGAGGUAAAAAAAAAAAAAGAGGUGGGGCUCUUUCUAACUUUUUAUGCAUCAGCAACAAAUGCAAAUUGAUAAUCUGCCAUCUCAAAGGCAGAUUAUAAGGAGCGUUGCAAGUCAAGUCCUUGCUGGGGGUGGGGGGGGGUACUUUCGAGAAAUUAUUUAACAUAAUAUUAAACUAAAGAUUUCUAUUCACUUUGUACAUAAACUAGCCAUUAAUAUAUGAACUCUUCUGUGGAUAAUGUUUUGAAGGUUAUAUGAACGGGACCGGGGGGGGGGGGGAUAAAGGCUUUUGCUUGUGAUCUUUGCAAAAACAUGCAGACUUGCCAAGUGGAUUAGGAAAAAGGAAAAAAACAAACAUUCCUCUCACUUUUUCUAUGAAAUCCACAAAAGGCCAUACUAGAUUUCUGAAGACAAAAAAUGACAAAUGUUUUUCAUAACAAUUUCGAUGACGUUUUUAAGAAUUGAUGGCAAGCCAGAUCAUAGGUGCUGCCGCCAGGUUUAACAUGUUUUUAAAACAAAUGCAUAUAUGUAUAUGCAUGUUUCGCAGCCUCUCGUGUUUGUCACAUGACCACACACACACGAAAAUAAAAUGUCUCCCACGCGUAGAAUACUAAUAACGAGCCACCGAGGCUCGUGCGCAUGAACCCGUGCAAGUUUUUGAAAAAUCCCGAUGGGUUGAGAUGAAGACCUCAUUCAAGGUCAGCGUGUGUGUUUGUGUGCGUGAGACCGAGACCGUCAUUGUAAUUGUGCGUUCGUACGCCGUUGAGGCCGCUGAAUUCGUAUUCCGUAUUAGUGUUGUUUAUUUUGGGGUGUUGUUGGGAACGGAGCAGAACAAGUCAAUGUUUUCUACACAAGGGGCCUGCUGUUUGAAGUGAAAGGGAAGUGCCCCCCCCUUUAACGAUGGAUGACAUUUUGCAGUGUUACAACAUAGAUGUAUGCUAUUGUACAGUUCCAUUUUUUUUUUAACACCAGUACCAAGUUUGUCCACCACGAUGACAUUGACAUAUCCUCUGUUGGGGUUUAACACAAUGUCGCCGCAUAGUGUAAAUAAAGAUGAUAAAUAAGACAGGAAAUGUGAAUUCCCGACAAGAAUGACAAUCGACGAGUUUGGGAACCCCCCCUGUUCUUUUCCUAUUCGGUGGCAUGCUUUUGUCGUCCCAUCCUAGCCUUGGUGAGCGACAAGUAGGUACACUGUGUUUUCAUUUCUAUGCUUCUUUAAAAAAAGAAAAGAUCUAUCUAUCUGUCUAUACAUAUACAGUCUAUCUAGAGAGCGAGAGAUAUUGGUGGCUUCCCCCACGCCGCCACACAAUGCUGAAACAUGACUUGCAGUGUCCGUGUAUAAAUAUGACCAUUGCCAAUAACCAUGUGAUGACACUUGUUCUUUGCAUGACUCGAGACACUGAUCUCCUACCUCAUGUUGUGAUAUAUAUAAAUAAGAUGUGUUUUUUUUAAAUGCAGAGGACACUCUAACUGUUCAAUCAUUUAAUAUUGACAAGUACAGACAUGACCUGACCUGUAAAUGCUUCUUUAGCUCUAUAAUACCUCACUUCUUGUAUCUUUGUGGUUUGUGGUUUCUUUUUUUUUUUUUUUUUAUGUUUCCUGUUCUUUACCCUCGUUUUCAUUUCACACCUUGUACAUAUGACCUUGUGUAGAGACAAUGAACUUGGAUGCAAUUCAAGUAAAGUUCUGUAGUGUUAAGCCAUCGA